GUGGCGAGAGGGGACAAAAGACUUUCGUCCGGGGGGCGGUUUUGCGGCUGGGGAGAUGGAGGACCGGGGUCUGCAAGGGAUGAAGCCCUACCUGGAGAAGCUCACCCUCGGGGUGACCCGCCUCCUGGAAACCUCUCCAGGAGUUACAGAAGUGAUGUUUGUAGAAAAAGAACCGGCCGAGCGACACGCAAUUGUCUCCUGGGAACAGAAAAACGCCUGCGUCCUACCCGAAGAUCUGAAGAACUUCUACCUCAUGACAGACGGUUUCCGAAUGACGUGGAAUGUCAAGUUUGAUGAUAACCCGGUUUCCCUGGGCUGCAUGACGAUUAACAGCAUCUCCAAGCUGAACCGUCUCAGCGUUUCACCGGUGUACUCUUUGCCCAGUGCGCCAACCCUGGCUGACCUGGAAGACUCCGACGAGGAGGAAGGUAACAAGGAACAACCGAAGAGGCCUCACCUGGACACCCGGUGUCUGAUAUUCGAAUUAGACUCCUGUGCCGGCAACGGGAAAGUCUGCCUCGUCUACAAGAACACCAAACCGGAUGUGGAACAUAUCCAACAUAUCUUCCUCCGGCUCUCCAUGACAACAACCCUGUGAGGUAGGUUGGACUGAGCAGGUGACUGGCUUAAGGUUACCCAGCCAAUACUCAUGUCUAAGGAAGGACUAGAAUUCACAAUCUCCUGGUGAUUGGCCUAAAGUCACCCAUCCGGAUUUCACGCCUAAAGGAGAACUAGAACUCACUGUCCCCUGGUGAUUGGCCUAAAGUCACCCAUUUGGAUUUCACGCCUAAAGCAGGACUAGAACUCACUCUCUCCUGGUGAUUAGCUCAAAGUCACCCAUCCGGAUUUCAUGCCUAAGGCAGAACUAGAACUCACUCUCUCCUGGUGAUUGGCCUAAAGUCACCCAUCCAGAUUUCAUGCCUACGAUGGAACUAGAACUCACUGUCCCCUGGUGAUUGGCCUAAAGUCACCCAUCCCGAUAUCACGCCUAAAGCAGGACUAGAACUCACUCUCUCCUGGUGAUUGGGCUAAAGUCACCCAUCCGGAUUUCGCACCUAAAGCAGGACUAGAACUCACUGUCUCCUGGUGAUUGGCCUAAAGAGCCUUGGUAGUACAGUGGUCUAAAGCACCCUGUUAUUAAGACCAGCUGCCUGCAAUUACUGCAGGUUCGAAUCUCGCCAAGGCUCAAGGUUGACUCAGCCUUCCAUCCUUUCUAAGGUAGGUAAAUUGAGGACCCAGUUUGUGGGGGCAAUAAGCUGACUUUGUAUAAAUAUACAAAAAGUAUGAAGGCUAUUGCUUAACGCAUUGUAAGCCGCCCUGAGUCUCCGGAGAAGGGCAGCAUAUAAAUCAAAUUAAAAAAAAAAAAGUUACUCAUCCGGAUUUCACGCCUAAAGCAGGACUAGAACUCACUCUGUCCUGGUGAUUAGCCCAAAGUCACCCAUCUAGAUUUCAUGCCUAAGGUGGAACUAGAACUCACUGUCUCCUGGUGAUCGGCCUAAAGUUACUCAUCCGGAUUUCACGCCUAAAGCAGGACUAGAACUCGCUCUCUCCUGGUGAUUAGCCCAAAGUCAGCCAUCUAGAUUUCAUGCCUAAAAUGGAACUAGAACUCACUGUCUCCUAGGGAGAUUUUUCACCCCCAACGAACUGAACCACAGUUAACUCAGCCAAUUUGUUGUGGCCUGUUGACCGCUGGCCCCUCCAGCAGCCGAAUCAGAGGAGGAGGAGGAGGCGUGGGAGUCAGGAUCUGCAUCCAGGCAACCUGAGAGCUCCGAGGAGGAAGAGGGAAUGGAGCUGGCAGAGAGAGACAGAGGAGGAGCCUGGGCCAUCCGUCAGCCCUCAGAUGGAGACUCAACAGCCCCCAGGUCUGGAGGUGGCUGAUGAGGAAGAGGAGGAACAGCUGGGUCCAGUGCCUGAAGCACGGAUGCUCAGAACGCAGAGAGGAGAGGAGAGCAGUGGAAAUCUAUGGACCAGUCCUUGGGAUGGAAGAGCCACUGCUGCAAGUGAAGCCCCUUCCUAGCUCUGGGGAUAAAAGGCAGGGGGCGGAGAUGAAUAGAUGUGGCAGACAACGAUUCAUCUCCCCUGCCGGACAGACUUGUUAGCCUGCAGUGAAAGAGAAACUUUUUGCUGGGGCUGUCGGCUCUCCUAAUAAAGGAAUCAUUGAU